GAGGGUGUUGGAAAGUCGAGAGUGCAGCUAUGAGCGAGAAUGAUGGUGUUGAUCCUAUAGAAAAGGAAACGAAAGAAUCUGCAGAUGAACCAGAGGUGCAAGCUGCGGCAACGCCAGAGGCGGAAGCUGCAGCUGAACAAGAAUCGGAGGCUGAAGCUGAGGUGGAAAGUCCAGAUGCUGCAGAAAAUGAGACAGCAGCUGAAUCAUAUGUGGAAAUUGCAGCUGAACCAGAUACAGCUGCUCCUGAACCAGAUGCAGAGGCUACAGCUCAACCAGAUGAGGAUGCUGCAGCUGAACCACUUGCAACGGCAACAGCUGAAUCAGAAGGAGAGGCAACAGCUGAACCUGAGACGGAGACAACUAUUGAACAAGAAACAGAAACGCCUGCUGAACCAGGUUCACAGAAAGAAGCAGAAGCCGAGCCCAAAGACGAGCCAGACGUGCCAACAGUAGCUGAAGCAGGACCAGAGAUGUUAGCCAAACCUGAAUCUGAGCCAACAGUUGAAAGUGAACCUUCUGUUCCAGCUGCAGUUGAUUCUGUGAUUCAGCUUACAGCUGACACCAUAAAACAACCUUCAGCUACCCCCUCAGAUGUAGUUAAGAUGGCCCAGGAGCCUUUACCUUCUGAAGACAAAUUUUCAACCUGUUUUGAAGAUCCAUAUAUUCAAUCUGUGCGUUAUAUGGAGAGACACAACAUUCUACAGAUGUUUCAGAGAAUGACUGAAAAUCUGGUAUAUGAAAGACCGGAUGAUCCCCUUGAAUUUAUGUUACAUCAGGUACAAGCGUUAAUCUGGAUGCGUGAUAAAGAAAUCUGCGUCGAAUAACCUCUUUCCAGCAAACUGUUGCGAUAAAGGCAUUUUGAAGGAUCUGCUAUGUUUUGCUUUUUUAUCAAGUCCUCCCUUACUGUUUCCAUUACUGUAGUAUUAAGUGCAGAACAGUGUACAAGUGCAAGUGACAAUAAUCACAAAAUAAUUGGUUGAGGUAGAAACUUAUUACCCAGCAGAA